AUGGCCAAAACCGAAGAGGCCUCCGCUUUCACCGCCCGCGAGAUGGAGGUUCUCGCGCUCGCCUGGCAGUGCUUCGAGAGCGAACCCAAGAUCGACAUCAAAAAGCUCGCCCGCCUGACCGGCUACACUGAAGGCAGCGCCUCCGUCACGAUCGGCAAGAUCAAGCGCAAGCUCAAGGCCCAUGGUGCGGGCGCAGGUGCGGGUGUCAGCGGCGGCACUCCAGCCUCUACUCCCAAGAAGACCAACGCGGCCAAAACCCCCAAGUCCGCCAAGCGCGGCGCAGACAAGACAUUCAAUGAGUCGCCCGCCAAGAAGAAGAAGGCCGAGGUGCAGCAGGAGGAUGAUGAGGAUAUCAAGGUCAAGCCGGAGCCGGAGGCUGAUGAGAUAUAUGGUGGUUACGGUGGUUAUGGUGGCUAUGGUGACUAUCAAGGUGGUUUCUAA